AUGGGGCCCCCGGGCAAUAGGGGAUCAUGGGGCCCCUGUGUCCUUGUCCAAACUCAAAAAAGCCUCGCACAUGUGUGAAUCAGCUGUCACAGCCGGGUGCCCACUGCGCAUGCACAAGUAGCGCUGCAGCUUGUAAAUGGUCCCGUAGUCUUCUGGGACCUGCAGGCGCGGACUGACAACUCAUGGGGCCCGUGGGCAAUAGGGGAUCAUGGGGCCCCUGUGUCCUCACCCAUACCCAAAAAAGCCUAUGAAAAAAGCCAAUGAAAGGUACCAGGGCAUCUCAUGGGGCCCCCUACUGACCCCGGGCCCUCGGGCAGUGCCCGAGUGCUCGAAUGGUCAAUCCGCCCCUG